AUGUCAACUACAACUACGACUGGAGCCUUGGCAACUAGCACAGGCUGUGGGACCUCAGCCCAGUACGAAAUCCCCAUCAAAGAUGCAUCAUGUGGAGUUCCCAAUAACGACAAGUACAAAGGAUUCCUUUCAAAAUGCGCGAAACCCGCAGGGGUGACUGCCUAUGAUAGUGACUGUGCUAUCUAUGCCCCGGCUGUCGAUCAAUCAGUCGACGACCUCACUAAGUGCCUCUACAACGCGGGUGUAGCCUGGAAGGACGUGUGGUGCACCGGAGCUGCUAAUGCCACUGCAACGGGGACUUCAUACCCGACUUCAACGGAAACAUCUACGAAAUCAUCUUCCGACAAGUCAUCAUCAGGUACCUCGACGGAGAGCGCAGCAACUAGCACAAGUACCUCUGGGGCGGAUACCUCUUUGCCUAAGGCCUAUACUAGCUUGAAGGCUGUGAUGCUUCUUUCAACUCUGUUUGCCUCUGCCGUGUUCAUCGGGUUUUGA